AUGAAAUUAGAGUCUUACGACUCUGCUUCUUCAUCCAUAAUCGCUACUGCUCCCACAAUGUCUCAGUCGCAAUUUCACCUCGACUCGUCUUCUGUGAUCAAAACGGCACCUCCUGGUCGACAACAUGAUUUCUCACCUAAAAAUGAACCCAUUGAUUUGGCACCACUCACUCAACCUAGCUUACAAGACCUUUCUAAAAUGCAACCUAUCGAGCAGUAUUACUCGAUGCCGACUUAUUCACGAGUUUAUUCAGAUUAUGCGGCUAUUGGCCUUACCCACCCUGCUGCACAAACCUCCAUUAUCACAGCUCCUUCGACAGCUGCACCUCUUUAUUAUCCCACUGUUUUCCAAGGAGCAGCUCCCCAGGAAUGGAAUAGGCCUAUGGAAAAUUAUUCCUAUCAGAGGGCUAGUGCAUUGCAAUACCCACAGGAGGUGCCUCAAGAAAGAGUUUAUAAAAGCGUUGAAAUGCCUUCACCAGUUGAUUCGGGAAUUGGUGCUGACCUAUCGUUGAUUACCACCUCAAAGGACGAUUUUUACAAUAACUCAGAGGUGAUUCACGGUAUCGCAGAACGACCCGAAAGAGCGCUCAGCCAUCGCGAUUCGCCCAUCAUCAUUCCUAAAUUGGAAAACAGUUUGGGUUUUCAAUAUGUUCUUGAGGCACCCAUAUCAACCUCAGUUCGUAAAGAAGAUGAUCGAAUGACUUAUGUUAAUAAGGGGCAAUUUUAUACGGUUUCACUCGAUUAUAUACCAGAUUUGUGCAAACCGUUGAAAAGUGCCACUGUUAAGAGUCAAUUGAUGAUUGUAUUUCGUGAAGAUAAAACUUAUGAUGAAGAGAUAAAAACAUGGCAGUUUUGGCAUUCUCGGCAGCAUUCUGUCAAACAACGCAUUUUGGAGAUCGAUUCAAAGAAUAGUUCUGGUAUGAUAGGUCAGAUUGAAGAAAUCGCGCAUAAUGCUGUUCAGUUCUACUGGAAUCCUACUGAACAGUCUAGCGUUAAGAUAAGCAUCGCGGUACAGUGCCUCUCAACGGACUUCAGUAAUCAGAAGGGUGUCAAAGGUCUACCAUUGCACAUUCAGAUCGAUACUUACGAUGAAAAUGACAACAGUGAAGUACCGUUUCACAGAGGCUAUUGUCAAAUUAAAGUUUUCUGCGAUAAGGGUGCGGAACGAAAGUUACGAGAUGAAGACAAAAGAGCUCAAAAGCGUAAAUUAGCAGGACGAAAGAAGAGUGAAGGAGAAUAUCAUGAGCCAUGUGAACGAUCUGAAUUUUACCACAUGAGCGAUUUGACGAAGCGAGCUGCCCUUUUCAUUGGACCUGAAGAAUAUGAUUCACGUUUUUUGGAUACGAGUCUUGCAUUCGAUCCACUUUCCGAGCUAGAGCCUAUCGCCAAACGACCACGAACUUCCGAACGUGUGAUGCUUUAUGUGAGGAAACGUGAAGAACAAAUAUAUACGCCGUUACAUAUUGUGCCUCCCUCACUAUCCGGUCUUAUCCAAGCGGUCGGUGAGAAAUUCGGUGUUGAAAGUGAGAAGGUAUGUCUUUUCUGUAUUUGGCAUUCGAAAGUUGGUUUAAAAUUGAGUCUGGUAUCAGGCUUAUUUAAACAAUGUAUCAAAGGAGUAACUGUAAAAUUAGAUGACGAUAUGUUAAAGCAUUAUUGUAAUGAGGAUACAUUUAUUAUUGAAAUCGAACAAGCUUCUGAUGACCCGUCUUGUUGUACAGUCACACUCGUUGAGCUACCGCCGUCACAUUUCAGUCAAACAUCGUGA